GGGUCACGGUGUUGCAGUAGCGUUUGGAUAUAUUCUGUUAUUAAAAACACAGCGUUUCAUACAUGUUUCACACAGCGUGUUCUGAUUUGCCAUCUGAGAGAGUUAUCGCUGGUUUAGUGGUCUAAUAAACAUCUAGAGGACCAACAGCGUGGUGAGACAAGGGGCCGAAAGAGGAAGCAGUAGCCGACCAUCUUUCUUCUGCCAGCAAUAACAAGAACGAGAGAGUGGUUCAAGUGGGACUAUUGAGUUUGAGAUUUAAUGCAUUUUUUAUACUUGGACACAUACUGGACGUUCACCUCCACAUCCCAAUAGGCUGACGUUGUCGGACACGGAUCUCCUCCCCGACCUGACCUGAGGUUCACAAGAAGACUGGCUAUUAGAAUUUGUAUUCCAUUUUUUCAUGUUUCCAACAGGUUUACCUUCCCCUAAUCCUCCACCCAGGCCGACCCAGGAGGCUAGACCAGCAGCUUCUGAUGUCAAACACGACAGCAGCAUCACGGCUUCGAAGAAGAGGAGAAUAAACAGUGGAACCGAGAGGGAAGACUUGAUUGACUCCAUUUCUUCGUCUCCCAAAUCCCUGAAUUCUCCCACUUCGCAACACAUCCAGAAGAAGUUGCGGUUCGAGGACUCUGUGGAUUUCAUCGGACUGGAUGUGAAGAUGACUGAGGAAACUGCUUCAUGCUCAAAUAAGAGCAAGAACGUAUUCCUGCCCGGCGGUGUGGGACACCACGCCAACGGACUGACCAAGACCGCGGGAUCCAACACGUUCUCCAACAGUAAACCUGGAGCCGCGAAGAAACUAGUCAUCAAGAACUUCAAAGAUAAGCCAAAGCUGCCAGAGAAUUACACACACGAGACCUGGCAGAAGUUGAAGGAGGCAGUGGAGGCCAUUCAAAACAGCACUUCCAUCAAAUACAACCUAGAGGAGCUCUACCAGGCUGUUGAGAAUCUUUGCUCCCACAAGAUAUCUGCAAAACUCUACAAGCAGCUUAGGGCUGUGUGUGAGGACCACAUCAAGGCACAGAUCAGCCAAUUCAGAGAAGAUGCGUUGGAUAGUGUGCUCUUUCUGAAGAAAAUUGACAAGUGUUGGCAAGAUCACUGUAGACAAAUGAUCAUGAUCAGGAGUAUAUUCUUGUUCCUGGACCGCACCUAUGUUUUACAAAACUCCAUGCUUCCUUCAAUCUGGGACAUGGGCCUGGAGCUCUUCAGGUUCUACAUCAUCAGCGACCUGAAGGUCCAGAGCAAGACCAUCGACGGCAUCCUGCUGCUCAUCGAGAGGGAACGCAGCGGCGAGGCCAUCGACCGCUGCCUGCUGAGGAGCCUGCUGAGCAUGCUCUCCGACCUGCAGAUUUAUCAGGACUCCUUUGAGCAGCGGUUCCUGGAAGAAACUAAUCGUCUAUAUGCUGCGGAGGGGCAGCGGCUGAUGCAGGAGAGAGAGGUGCCAGAGUAUCUGUACCACGUCAACAAGCGCCUGGAGGAGGAAGCCGACCGGGUCAUCACCUAUCUGGACCAGAGCACCCAAAAACCACUUAUUGCUACUGUAGAGAAGCAGCUUCUGGGGGAACAUCUCGCUGCCACGCUUCAGAAAGGCUUGACCCACCUGCUGGAUGAGAACCGGAUCGAGGAUCUGUCCCUCCUCUACCAGCUGUUCAGCCGCGUGCGAGGCGGAGUCCAGGUCCUCCUGCAGCAGUGGAUAGAGUACAUUAAGGUGUUUGGAAGCACGAUCGUUAUCAACCCGGAGAAGGACAAGACGAUGGUUCAGGAGUUGCUGGACUUCAAAGACAAAGUGGACCACAUCAUCGACAUCUGCUUCAUGAAGAACGAGAAGUUUGUCAACGCCAUGAAAGAGGCAUUUGAAACGUUCAUCAACAAACGUCCCAACAAGCCCGCUGAACUCAUCGCAAAGCAUGUUGACUCAAAGCUAAGGGCAGGCAACAAAGAGGCAACCGAUGAAGAACUAGAGAAGAUGCUGGACAAGAUCAUGAUCAUCUUUAGGUUCAUUUAUGGUAAAGACGUGUUUGAGGCCUUCUAUAAGAAGGACCUGGCCAAGCGGUUGCUAGUGGGGAAAAGCGCUUCGGUCGAUGCUGAGAAGUCGAUGCUGUCGAAGCUCAAACACGAAUGCGGAGCGGCUUUCACCAGUAAGCUGGAGGGCAUGUUCAAGGACAUGGAGCUGUCCAAGGACAUCAUGAUGCAGUUCAAACAGUACCAGAACAUCCCAGGCAACAUUGAGCUGACCGUGAACAUCCUCACCAUGGGAUACUGGCCGACGUACGUCCCCAUGGAGGUCCACCUGCCUGCAGAGAUGGUGCGGCUGCAGGAGAUCUUUAAGACCUUCUACCUCGGGAAACACAGUGGGAGGAAGCUGCAGUGGCAAUCAACACUGGGACAUUGUGUCUUGAGGGCGGAAUUCAAAGAGGGCCGGAAGGAGCUCCAGGUGUCUCUGUUCCAAACACUGGUGCUGCUGAUGUUCAACGAAGGGGAGGAGUUCUCCCUGGACGAGAUCAAAUUGGCGACAGGAAUAGAGGACAGCGAGCUGAGGCGGACUCUGCAGUCGCUAGCGUGCGGCAAAGCCCGGGUCCUCACCAAGGUCCCGAAGAGCAAAGACAUCGAGGACGGAGACAAGUUCUCGUGCAACGACGACUUCAAACACAAACUCUUCAGGAUCAAGAUCAACCAGAUCCAGAUGAAAGAAACGGUGGAGGAGCAAGCGAGCACCACCGAACGGGUGUACCAGGAUCGUCAGUACCAGAUCGACGCCGCCAUUGUUAGGAUCAUGAAGAUGCGCAAGACCCUGACCCACAAUCUGCUGGUGUCCGAAGUCUACAACCAGCUCAAGUUUCCAGUGAAGCCUGCUGACCUGAAGAAGAGAAUAGAGUCUCUGAUCGACCGAGACUAUAUGGAGCGGGACAAGGAGAACCCCAACCAGUACAACUAUGUGGCUUAGAGGAAGAGGGCGAGGGAGCGAGGGCAGGAGAGAGAUGGAGGAAGACGAGGGCCAUCCGGUUUGGCCGAAGGCUUUCGUGAAUGCUUGGUCUCCUGUCCUGCUCGCUCCGUCGGACGGCUCCAGUUUUUCCUCCUUAAACCCAGCGACCGACAAGUGAAUGGAUACUGCUCCCCGGGAGGGCUUGUCAGGGCUGGGUUGAUCUUGUGGACCGCAUGCCCGUUUAAAAUAGGAUAUUGUCAGCGUUCCUCUUUCGCCAGUAAGAGAAUGGGACUUCCACGGACAAGGAGACAAACAGAUGUUGGUCAUUUUUGCUCUUUUCUGUUUAUGGAGGAAGGAGAAAUAUUUAUUUUCAAACUUAGAUUCUUCUCUCUUCAUAGUUUCGUGAAAUGCGUUCGGCUCCUUUAUUACGUCACUUUUGUUUUUUUCGUUCACUGUCUAUCCUCAGCCAAUACACACAUGUAUACACACACAUACACCUCAACAUAUACACGCCUAACACUGCUCACUUGUACUCUGUGUUGGAAGUAGGACAAAAUAGGGUGGUUUCCUCGGUCUGCGUCAAAUGUGAGGCCAAUGGAUUAACAUUCAUCUCCAGAUCUCAUGUUUGAGUCGUUCCAGUGUUAAAUGUGUGCAUCUGUGAACAUUUCAAAUUUGCAAUGCUCCGUUUCACUGCUACAGCGAUGCUUAUGUCAAACAGAAUUCAUGGGAUAGGAUCAAAUUUGAAAAUUAUGCCAGAAUUGCGGUAUGUGCCAAAAUUACAGCACUUAUUUUGUUAUCCCGAUGUCUUCAUGUUGCUCUGCAUUUCCAUUGAACACAUAUUUGCAUCACUUUUUUUUUUCUUCCCCAUGUCACGUUUUUUGUACAUAAUUCAUGGACGGUUACAUUUUUAAAAUAGUGUUUGAGAGGCACCUGUUUUUUAAAACGUUUUUGUGUUAACCAGUAGGGUGUUGUAAUGACUAAGCACAAGAACGUCAGUUGCUCCGUUUCUGAAUUCUUUUUUUCUUUUUUCCAUCACCCAAUGAGCAUCUUUUUUUUUUUUUUACAAGUUUCAUGAAGUGUCUUGUUGGCCCUGGUUAAAAGUGGGAUGAAUGUGAAUCAAUUGUCUCAACAGAUGAAUUGAUUAAGAAAUAAUGCUUGACCAGAUUUAUGCCCUGUGUCCAAAUGAGUCUGUUGGGUUAUUACUUCAGAUUAAAAACAAUUGUCUGUUUGAAUUCA